ACGAGCGUUCAGAGACAAGCUGACCAGAGCACACUUUAACAUGUAUCCUCCUGACAGCUCAUCAAAAGACGGGCCGUUUUCCCUUCCAAAUGCUUUUACCAGCGAUCAAAUCAAGCAAUAUUGUUCUCGUCUGGGAUAAUUAUCGACUUCAAGCCUUACAGUGGACCAUCUGUUGACAUCGAUUGCAACAGGUACUUGUGCUCUGGAUAUGUUUUGGCAAGCUGCCUGUCUGCACUGAAACGAGGGUUCAAAAGUCCUCGGCAGACUCACGUUGGCAGUCUGGAGAGACGGUGUGGCUAACUGCCUCUCUCAAAUAGUCUACAAUACUGUGUAGGCUAUGUCGCGUUUCAGUUUUGAUGACUAAGGAGUUCAACAUGACAUGCAUCAACAGUCCCCUGUUGAUGAUGUGACAGCGCUGAACUCAUCUGCCCUCACCAUGUCCGAGUAUCCCGAGGGAGAAAGCCCGCUUCAGCUGCAGGACGUGGACUCCAGCAGGGUGGGGGGUCACAUCCUCUCUCCUAUCUUUAACUCCUCCUCACCAUCCCUGCCGGUGGAGAGCCAUCCCGUCUGCAUCCAAUCACCCUACACAGACCUCGGCCAUGACUUCACCACUCUGCCCUUCUACAGUCCCGCUCUGCUGGGUUACGGCACAUCGCCCCUGUCCGAGUGCUCAUCAGUGAGACAGUCACUAAGCCCCACCCUCUUUUGGCCACCUCAUAGCCAAGUUUCGUCACUUGCAUUGCAUCAACAACACACUCGACUUCAACAAAACCAUCCAACGGGUGGGACUUGGACAGAACUUACACCACAUGAUCACAGUGAAGAGGAAUACAGAAAGCCGCUGGUGAAGAGAGUAGCAGAUGCAGAGGAGACUUCUACCUCUUUAAGAGGUAAAGCUGACAUGCACUACUGUGCCGUCUGUAGUGAUUACGCCUCUGGGUACCAUUAUGGCGUGUGGUCGUGUGAAGGAUGCAAAGCCUUCUUCAAGAGGAGUAUACAAGGACACAAUGACUACAUCUGCCCUGCCACCAACCAGUGCACCAUCGACAAGAACCGCCGCAAAAGCUGCCAGGCCUGCCGACUCCGGAAGUGUUAUGAAGUUGGAAUGAUGAAAUGUGGGUUACGGCGAGAUCGUGGCAGCUACCAACAAAGAGGAGCACAGCAGAAGCGACUGGCACGAUUCUCUGGCAGGAUGAGAACCAGUGGCCCAAGAUCUCAAGAGAUGAAAAGUGUCCCAUGUCCCCUCAGUGGAAAUGAGGUGGUUAACAUGGCAUUGACCCCUGAAGAACUAAUCGCUCGCAUCAUGGAUGCAGAGCCACCUGAGAUUUACCUCAUGAAAGACAUGAAGAAGCCAUUUACUGAGGCCAACGUCAUGAUGUCACUGACCAACCUGGCUGACAAAGAGCUCGUUCACAUGAUCAGCUGGGCCAAGAAGGUCCCAGGUUUUGUGGAGCUCAGUCUUUUUGACCAGGUGCAUUUGUUAGAGUGCUGCUGGUUAGAGGUGCUGAUGCUGGGACUGAUGUGGCGCUCUGUUAAUCACCCAGGAAAGCUCAUCUUCUCUCCAGACCUCAGUCUCAGCAGGGACGAAGGCAGCUGUGUGCAGGGGUUUGUGGAGAUCUUCGAUAUGCUGCUGGCAGCCACAUCCAGAUUCAGAGAACUCAAAUUACAGAGAGAGGAGUACGUUUGUCUCAAAGCCAUGAUUCUCCUUAACUCCAACAUGUGUCUGAGUUCGUCGGAGGGAGGAGAGGAGCUCCAGAGGCGGUCAAAGCUGCUGUGUCUGCUUGACUCGGUGACGGAUGCUUUGGUAUGGGCCAUCUCGAAGACUGGCCUGAGCUUUCAGCAGCGCUCCACUAGACUAGCCCAUCUGCUCAUGCUGCUCUCCCACAUAAGGCACCUCAGUAACAAAGGCAUGGACCACCUGCACUGCAUGAAGAUGAAGAAGAUGGUUCCUCUGUAUGACCUGCUCCUGGAGAUGCUGGACGCUCAUAUCAUGCACGGCUCACGUCUGUCUCACUCCGGUCCUGCUCCCAAAGAGAGCACAGGCGUCCAGGAGGCCACUCUAUCAGUGCUGAAGAAUGAUCUGUAGUUUCGGGAGGAUGGACAACAAAAACAGCUACACAAAAAGCGUGGAAUAGGAUUUCACAAAUUGAAAAACAUCACUGAUGUCUUGAAUGUUCUCAUGUGAAAUCUAUAUUUUCUCUCUUUUUUUCAGACAGGAUGGACAUGGUGUCCAAUUUGUACUUUAUCUUUUCUCUUUCUAUAAAAUAAGCUUUCUGUUAAAUAAAACAAACCAGCAGCACGAUGAUGCCUAUAGCAUCACUAUAGCAACUGCUGUAGAUAGAGCAGCUAUUGACGACACUCUCAGAAGAAGAAAAAACACAUCCGAUUCCAUCACUUGUAAAAUGACAGUAUGGACGAUGAGAGAGAUUUGUGUGCAGUGUGAGCAAAGACUGAAUUCUGGUCCGAAGCUUUUUUUUCUGUCACUUUAUUUUUGACAAAUUGUUUAAAGAAAAAAAAAAACUGCCUUAUUUCAUCCUGCUCCAAACCCAGUAAACCCCUUUAACACCAUAAAGGCCUUGUACAAAACAUUUAUACAUUUUCUAGAUUGAUCACCAUUUUGUUCCACUGUGAAAACCUUUCCGUUUGUAAGAUCACGAAAUUUUUGAUAUUGCACUUUAAAAUUUCUCUGAAAUAGAAGAGCAAACUUACCUUAACCCCCUCAGACCUGAAUUAUGUUUCAAGUUUCUGAAAAAUAUAAAAGUACAUUUUCCCAGCUCAUGAGGUUUCUAUAAAUGAAAACAAAUGAAAAAAAUAAAAUUAUAUAAUUGCUUUCA